AUGAGACUGAGGGGUCGCUCUUACUUCUCUUUAUAUAGUCCUGUUAUUAAUAUUUCAUAUUCCAUUGUUGCUCAAAUCCUGAUAUUUCCCUUGCUGGACAAAGUGGAGAAGUUCAAGUAGCAAGAGGAUGCAGAUUGCCUACAUGCCAAGUAUCACACAGGAAUUACCACUGUGGUUGGUGAUCAGGAUUGGGGACAUUUACAUUUACUGUAUGCUACAUUCAUCUUCCUGCUCUUUCUGGCUUAAAUGACAGCUUCAGGGCUACACAUUGUGUACACAUGCAAUGAGGUCAAUGUUGUUCAGAAUCGAAUGUUUUACAUUGAAACAGCAUACAAAGUUGCGAAUUUUGGAAUGUGAGAACAAGGAGACAAGACAAAUCAAGCAACUCAAUGCCAGUCUGUUGGGAUGGCAAAGGCAGCCUUGGAGGCCUUGGACGGAUUAAACCUCUUUGGUGCCAAAGGUGGCCCAGAGUCUGUCGUUCACGCUUUGUCUGAUGACAUACAGCGCUGCCAAGGUGAAAGCUUUUCUGUUCUGUCCACCUCUAAAGAGGUGGAUGCUGGAGUCCUUUCCAUCAUCUCUUACCCAGCCUUUGCAGUUGAGGACAUUGACAUUGUUAACAUUACUAAAGAGGAGAUUAAGAAAUUCCUAAUGUGUUAUGUUCAUCCAGAAAAAAAUAUAUAAAUAUUGAUUUUAUUUGUCUUUCUCAGAGAUGGCCACAAAAGCCCCAAAGAUAAUUCCAAUCGUUUAUACUAUGAGUCAUCAGAGCUGAAACUUGAGAAUUGAAACAAUAUUGAGUGUGAAUAGCCCUUGUUUUGGAUUUACUUAAUCCUGGAUGGAGUUUUCAUUAAUAGUCCUGAGCAGGUACAGGAGUACUGAGGUGCCUUAGAUGCCAUUCUGAUCAAAGGAAAAGAUGGACUGCGUCUUGUUUCUGAGCUUUACAGCGCUUCUAAAGAUAAGGUGGAUGAGGAAUAUGUCAAUCUUCACACUGUGGAAUGAGUGCCAGUAGGCAGGUGCCCUAUGAAAUGGGCCCAGUCUCUGUACACAUUGGGUAACCUAACAGCAGAGGGUUUCUUAGCACCUGGGGAGAUAGAUUCCCUCAACAGAUGUUUCGCCACCACACCCAAGCCUGAAGUCGUAGUUCAGGUGUCGAUUUUGGCAGAGACAGAAGAAAUUAAGCAAAUUCUGCAAAACCAGGGCAUCUAUUCAGAAACCCUGGAGGACAUUCAUCCGAUUAGGGAGCCCUCUCCUCAGCCCUCUAGAAUUCUUAGUCACAUCUACGCAAGACUUGGACGUAAUCAAAGACUUGGUCUGACUGGGAGGCCAUACCGCAGUAUUGAUGUGCUGAGGACAUCCAAAUCCUACAUCAUACGCAACACCUUCUUUUCCUUUACGCCUCAAAGUCCCCCUGCUGAAGGAGGACUCGACCGAUUCCGUGCUGCAGCAAAGCGAGAGAUGGUGUCUCUGGUUCACAAAGCCAAAACGCUAAACAUAAGGUAUGGACUACUGAGCGACCUGUAUGAGAAGGCAAGCAGUCUGAUCAGCGGCAUGCUUCGCAGGAAAGUGGCGGAACUUGAUAAGGCUUGCACUGAUUUGCUCGCUCACCAGGAGCACCUGACAGUGGGGUUUCCACCUGAACCACGAGAGAAAACUAUUUCAGCCCUAAUGACCCCAGACAAGCUGACCAGGCUUAUUGAUGAGGCCAGCGUGAACAACCUCACAACAGCAAUCCUCACUCAUGUAUAUGAUUGGCAGGAGAUCAUGGUGUAUCUGGCCAUGAGCAUUCGAUCCCAGCCAAAACUUUUCAGUGAAAUGUUCCGCCUCCGCAUCGGCCUCAUUAUCCAGGUCAUGGUCACUGAGCUGGCACAGUCUCUCAACUGCUCUGGAGAGGAUGCUACUGAAAGUCUGAUGAACCUGGCUCCAUGCGAGCUGAAGACCCUCCUCCUCCAGAUCCUCAGUGCCAAAGAGUUUAGAGUGCGGAGAAGUGUGUGCUCAGCUGGAUCCGGUAUAAGCCCAGCCAUCUCUAUCCAAGACAAGAGUAAAUCUGGCUCUGCAAAAGAUCAAUUAAAAGGCAGCACUCAGGUCAAAUGUGAUGUCAAAUUGCCAUUAUCAGUGCACUCCUUGAAUAUUGACAAUAUUGAGUCAGGGAGGUAUAGACUUCCUCCUAUUGAGUCCUUUCAAGAUUCUUUGAGAGGUGCGGCACAGGACAGAAAACAAGGUGGAGCUCUCAAUAGGAUUCCUGUGUGUUUCUAUCAAAACGUCUGGAAGAUCCUACAAAAGUGUGACUCUCUAUUAAAGCCUGUCCUUUCAUCAUCGACCACAAAAGAGAUGACCCCUGGUGAGAUAAAAUUUGCUGUGUAUGUGGAGACAGGGCUGAACCCUGUCCCGCAGCCGGAGUACAAGCAGCUGCUGGUGGAAGAGAUCCUAGUCCUGAUCAUGCUGUCUAAAGUGGACAUCCAUACAACUGGAGGAAUCAUUCAUGCAGAAAAGAUUGUUCAAAUGGCCAGAGACAUGUUCCAUAAAGAUCAGAAAGGCCUAGGAGCAGAUGAUACAAUCCUGGAAAAGGAUCAGUCCAACGGUAUCUGCAGGUUAUUUUAUGACAGUGCACCCAGUGGCCGUUUUGGGACCAUGACCUACCUGUCUAAAGCUGUAGCCACUUAUGUUGAUGAAUUCCUGCCAACUGGGUCCUGUGCCCUUCAGUGA